CCGCCCCAAGCGUCCCCCCACCCGAAACACUUGGCCACUUGGGUCCUUCCGGCAGUCUGUCCCGUCGGCACAAUGACGACGGCCGAUAAGGACAUCGAAAACGGCGGCGCCGGCGUAUGGAGUAAAGGGACGACGACGACUGGGGUCGGCGAUGAACUGGAGGUGCCGUUCCUGCUUCAAUCCUCAAAGAUUAUUAUUGACGAAGAAGAAGAAAAAGAAAUUAUUGAGGAGAAUAAUAAGGGUUCGGUUUGGAUGGUGAUUGUGAGCACCUGCGUAGCUGUUUGCGGCUCUUUUGAAUUCGGAUCUUGUGUGGGAUACUCAGCACCAGCACAAUCUGCCAUUAGAAAAGACUUGGACUUAUCAGUGGCCCAGUUUUCCAUGUUUGGCUCUAUUAUAACAAUUGGAGCAAUGAUUGGCGCAACAGCAAGUGGCAAAAUUGCAGACCUCAUGGGUAGAAAAGGGGCGAUGAGAUUGUCGGCGGUGAUCUGCAUUGCUGGGUGGCUUGCAAUUUAUUACUCAAUGGGAUCAUGGUCACUUGAUAUGGGAAGGUUCUUCACAGGAUUUGGCAUAGGAAUAUUCUCUUAUGUGGUUCCCGUAUUUAUAGCUGAAAUCGCUCCAAAGAAUCUUCGUGGCGGACUAACAACAAUUAAUCAGCUUAUGAUUGUUUGUGGCUCAUCAGUUGCAUAUCUACUAGGGGCUGUCAUGACUUGGAGAUAUUUAGCCCUCAUUGGAAUUAUUCCAUGCUUGUUCUUGCUUGUUGGUUUGUUCUUCAUCCCAGAGUCACCAAGAUGGCUGGCUAAAGUUGGCCGGGAGAAAGAUUUUGACAUAGCACUGCAAAGGCUUCGCGGGAGUGAGGCAGAUGUGAGUCAAGAGGCUGCAGAUAUCCAAAUGUAUGUUGAUAGCCUCCAAAGUCUGCCCAAAGCAAGAAUCCUUGACUUGCUGGAGGCCAAAUACAUUCGCUCCGUAAUUACUGGCGUGGGAUUAAUGGUGUUCCAACAAGCUAUUGGGAUCAAUGGGAUUGGUUUCUAUGCUAGUGAAACAUUCUCUGCUGCAGGACUAGCAAAUGGAAACAUUGGGACUAUUGCCUAUGCCAUUGUGCAGGUCCCUAUAACCGUGGGCGGGGCAAUGCUGAUGGACAGAUCAGGAAGACGCCCACUUCUCUUGGUGUCAUCAGCGGGAACAUUCAUUGGGUGCUCUCUUACUGCAGUUUCUUUUUAUCUAAAGGGUCAAAGUGUUUACCUUGAUUCUGUUCCAAUACUAGCUGUAUCUGGAGUACUGAUAUAUAUAGCAGCAUUUUCAAUUGGAAUGGGAGCAGUUCCAUGGGUUAUAAUGUCAGAGAUAUUCCCCAUUCAUGUAAAGGGAGCUGCUGGAAGUUUGGUUGUUUUGGUAAACUGGCUAGGUGCAUGGGUAGUGUCUUACACCUUCAACUUUAUGAUGGAAUGGAGUUCUGCUGGUACUUUCACGCUUUAUGCUAUGUCUUGUUUGCUCACCAUGUUGUUUGUGGUCAAAGUUGUGCCGGAAACUAAGGGAAAAACUCUUGAAGAAAUUCAAGCAGUCAUCAACUCAAAGAAAUAGAUAAAUACCCUAACCAGCCACCGAAAGAAAAUUAUUUGGAUUAAAUAGAAAUUCUUCUUCGACGGAGCGUGCGUGACGUGGAAUGAGAUCUCAAGAACCGAAAGGAUUUUAGCGCAAACACGAAAACAUUGCAUACGAAAAUGUAAUGUAAGCUUUCCUAAAAGAAUAGAAUUGCUUUGUGCCAUGUUAUGUUGUAGGAAGAAAUAUGUUCUUUGUAGCUAAUUUAGGCAUAGUAAAAUGGGACAAAUGUACCUUUUACUUUCGUCUUCCUUUGAAAUGGUCCUUUAUUUUUUUUACAUUUGUACUAAAACUUAUACUAUUUCUUUCAGAUUUAGUCAUUCGCUUGUUUUGUUUGU